CCACCGCCGAUAAGCCCCCCGCCCUCGGCUCCUUCGGCUAGGCCCAACCACUACACCAUCGAUUGAUCAUUUGAUCUCCGUCGCAACAGUAACUAACCAUGUCCAGCCAACUAUCUGGCCCACCCCGCGACCUCAUCGGCUACGGCCCCUCCCCUCCCAGCUUCACCUGGCCAAACAACGCCAAACUCUGCCUCUCCUUCGUCCUCAACUACGAAGAAGGCGGCGAAAACUCCCUCGCGAACGGCGACCCCGGCUCCGAAACAUACCUCACCGAAAUCGGUGUAUCCCCCUCCAACAUCUCCGUCCCACGCCGUCGACGUGACGUGGAGAGCGGGUAUGAAUACGGAGCGCGGUGUGGUGUUUGGAGAAUCUUGAGGCUUUUUGAGGAGUUUGGGUGGGUGUUUACGUGUUGGGCUGUUGGGAGGGCGGUGGAGUUGAAUCCGGGUGUUGUCAGGGCGAUGAUGGAGGGUGGACAUGAAAUCGCUUCUCACCAUUAUCGGUGGAUCGAUUAUUCCGCACUCACGGAAGACCAGGAACGCGACCACGUCCGGAAACACCUCCACGCCAUCUCAGCCGCCGGUGCGCCCAUUCCGAGGGGAUGGUACACCGGCCGCUUUUCCUCCCGCUCCUUGGCGAUCGUGAAAGAAGUCUACGCGGAACAAGGCCACGACGAGCUCCUAUACAGCAGCGACGAAUACAACGACGAUUUACCCUACUACACACCCCACAACGACCUGAUCAUUCCCUACACCCUCGACAACAAUGACAUGAAAUUCCACUGUGCGCCAGGCUUCGUGACAUCGUCCCAAUUCUUCGAAUACCUCCGUGACGCGUUCGAUGCGCUGUAUGCCGAAGGCGUCGCGGGGCGUCCGAAGAUGAUGUCGGUUGGGUUGCAUUGUAGGAUUGUGGGACGGGCGGGAAGGGUGGGGGGGUUGAAGAGGUUUAUGGAGUAUGUGAGCGGGAAAGAGGGGGUUUGGGUUGCGAAGAGGGAGGAGAUUGCGGAGUUUUGGAGGAGGGAGGUGCCGUUUGAGGAGUGAAACUCGUUUUAUAUAGUAUGGCUUACUGCCAGCCAUGAGCGUGAGAAAGUCAUCAAAUAUCAUUCAAGGUGCCGCCGCAAAUAUCCUACCCACCGUAUCCAUCAUGUCCUUCUCACCCCCACACAGCGGCAACGCCGUCA